CUCCAGUCUUCUUAUAGAAAGCGUAAGAGAGAGGCGCCUUCAGACCCCCCGCCGCCGCCUGGUUUACAGCACUAGUGGGAGGAGCACCGCCACCGCCGCUGUCAACAUGGGUAUUUCACGUGAUUCUAUGCACAAGAGACGUGCCACUGGUGGCAAGAAGAAGGCCUGGAGGAAGAAGAGAAAGUAUGAGCUUGGUCGUCAAGCUGCAAAUACUAAACUGUCAAGCGACAAGACAGUGAGGAGAAUCCGAGUGAGAGGGGGCAAUGUCAAGUGGAGGGCUCUCAGAUUGGAUACUGGAAACUAUUCUUGGGGAAGUGAAGCUGUCACCCGCAAAACUCGUAUCCUUGAUGUCGUCUACAAUGCCUCUAACAAUGAACUUGUGAGAACUCAAACCCUAGUGAAAAGUGCCAUUGUUCAGGUGGAUGCUGCCCCAUUCAAGCAAUGGUACCUUCAGCACUAUGGUGUUGAUAUUGGCAGGAAGAAGAAGGCAGUGGUUGUGAAGAAGGAAGGAGAGGAAGGUGAAGGUGCUGCAGCAACUGAGGAAACCAAGAAAAGUAACCAUGUUCUCAGGAAGAUUGAGAAGCGCCAGAAAGAGCGUAAGCUUGAUGCCCACAUUGAAGAACAAUUUGGAUCUGGUAGGUUGUUGGCUUGCAUUUCUUCCCGACCGGGUCAGUGUGGAAGAGCGGAUGGAUAUAUCUUGGAAGGAAAGGAACUGGAAUUUUAUAUGAAGAAGAUCCAGAGGAAGAAGGGUAAGAGUACUGGUACUGCCUAAGCUGCUGAUACUCCUGAGCUCUUUGCUGUAUCAGAUGCAGUAGUAGCUUUAGACGCUUUUGAUGGCAUCAUUCACUUGCUUUCUCUUCCAGUACUUGUGCGCCAUAUGUAACCAAAUAUUGAACUGAAAAGUUUUGAUAUUUACUGGCUAGAACCUAGACUAUGUGUACUGAAGUUGCGAUUUGCUGUUAAAUUUUUGUUGAGGGUACAUGGUUCUGCAAAA